UUUGAAUUUCAAACCCUAAAAGCACCCUAGAGAGCACUUAUUUUUCGAUUGGAAAUAUCAAAAACCCUAAACCUCUGAAAGUAAGAAGAAGAAGAAGAAUGACACAGAAAGUAAAUCAAUUCAAAGGGCAGAAGAAGAAGAAAUCGAUUCCUCCAAGCCGUCAUGGAAAACAACUUAUUAUUCGCAAAGGAAAGAAAAACUUGAAGCCUAACAAGGUCACCCAGGAUAUGGAUACUGAUCGUGAACUGAGCAAAUUCAUUAAUAACUGCAAUGAGGUGAAAGCAGCAACAGCUGCUAACAAGGAAGGUGGUCAGCUUAGUAUUGUGAAGGCAGGUCCAGAGUCAAGCAAUGGUGGAAAGAAAAAAUAGAAAAAUGCUGAUUUGUGAUAAAUGCAGUCAGUUU